GGGUGUUUGUUUGUACCCCAAUGUGCUCUGUAGGGACCGCCUGGGUGGAGCUGAGUUGCUCCCUGCUCAGAGCGUUCUGUACCCCAGCCCUCCGGACUCUCAGCCUCCCCCCCUUUUGGGGAAGAAAUGUACAGGUUUGUGUAAAACAGAUUAAAAGGAUGUUUGUCAGUCGGGCUGAAACGCGAGUAUGAAAUGCAGGGCAGAAAACAGCAGGGCUGCGCAAUAACAUUGAAGCGCCCUAAAAUACCCUGAAAACAGGAAAACCCAACCGCGAGCUGAACCCAAAACCGACACGAAGUUCGUUAUUUCGCUCCUGUAAUUAAAACCUACAGCGAAACACGUCUGCUGAUUCGUCAACUGCUGAUUCGUCAGCGCGACCCUCCGGCGCUCAGAAAGGGCUGUGCACGUCGUAACAGAGGGCGCACACGUCACGCAGCCGCGUGCUACUCCCAUUCAUCAUUCGCUAUGAACCGGAAGGAUCAGAAACACGGCCCUCCGCUCCCGCCCCUACUGCCGCGCACCUCACCCGGAGCUCACGGCGAGGUGCCCUCUUUUCGUUGUUCCUGUUGUCUUUUGCACCUUUCGUCCUCCGCCUAUGGAUACAGCUCAGUUCUGCUCUCAUCGCCUUUCUACGCGUCUUCGGGUCUGCACGAUAACUCAGUAAAGGGUUCUUAUUACCUAUGCUAAUUUAUUCGCACGUCGCCACGCCCACUUCGCCAUUUACAGCAGAAUCUGAUUUUACGACAGCGGGGAAAUCUGGUUUUACGACAGCAGCGCGCUUUGUGGUAGUGGCGUGGUUUACGGCAGCGUGAAGGCAGCUGCUGUUCGCUGUGAGGCGCUGCGGGGCUUUCGGAGCGGCGUAGGUCGCGCGGUGCCAUGGAGCCUCAGCCGCCGGCCGAGCAGGUGCUCCGGCAGCUCGGCCAGCUCCUCUCCCAGCGGCCCGGUGUGAUCACGGAGCUGGGGGCGUUGCUGGAGGCCGCGGAGCCGCAGUGGCUGUUCGGGGCCGGGAGCCCCGCCGCGCUGGGCGAAUUGGCGGCCGCGCUGAGCGCCUUCGCGGCCCUCCCGGAGCGCGAGCAGGACGCGGUUGAGCUCCGCGACGGGGACGGCGCCUACGCGGCCGCAGCUGAGAGAGCAGCCGAUGUCGGCGGUGUGUUCCUGCGGCUCCUCGCUAAGCUAGAGGCUGCCAAGGCCGACGAGUCGCUGGGGCGCGCGGUAGAGCCGGUCCUGCGGCGUGUGAUGGGGCACAUCUACGUGCUGGCGGUGACGCACAUCGAGGAGGCCGCCUGGACCGGCGUCAGGUCGCGCGCUGUGGCCACGGAGCUGCUGGGGGCUCUGGUGCGGGCCGCGGGCUGCGGGACGGUGGCGGAGCUCCUUCGGGGGAAGAAGGAAGAGGAGGAAGGAGGAUUCGCGGCGGUGAUGAGGCUGCUGAGGCCGCGGCUGGGCAAAGACACCUGGAAGCGUAACCCAGCCACCAAGCACGUCUUCUCCUGGACACUGCUGCACAUCACCCGGCCAUGGCUCAGCCAGCACCUGGAGCACGUCCUCCCCGCAUCGCUGCUCAUCUCGGAUGACUUUCGGGAGGAGAACAAAGUCCUGGGUGUGCACUGCCUGCACCACAUCGUUCUCAAUGUGCCAGGUGCUGAUCUGUGCCAGUUCAACAGGGCUCAGGUUGUGUACCAUGCCCUUUACAAUCACCUCUACUCACGAGAGGCUCCUCUCAUCCAGGCAGUACUGCUGUGCCUGCUGGACUUGCUGCCUGUCCUGGAAAGAGCGCAGCGGCAGCGGCAGCAGCCCAGGCCAACCUCACCCUGUGAUGAGGUGUUGCAGCUGGUUCUGACCCACAUGGAGCCAGAGCAUCGGCUCGCACUGCGGCGGGUCUAUGCCAAAAUCCUGCCUGCCUUUGUGCAGAGACUUGGCAUCCUGAUAGCACGGCACCUGAAGAGGCUAGAGAGGGUUAUCCUGGGUUACCUGGAAGUCUCUGAUGGCCCUGAGGAAGAAGCCAGACUGGGAAUACUGGAGACACUGCAGUGCACCAUACAGCAUGCUUGGCCCAGAAUGCCAUGCAGGCUCCCUGUGCUGCUCAAAGCCCUACUGAAGAUGAUCUGGGAUGUCCACACUGACCAGGGCUCAACACCAGAGCCAGUGAGAGCUGCCUUGCUCCAGAGAGCCACUGAGUGCCUCAUCCUGCUGGAUCGGUGCUCUGAAGGACAAGUGAAGAUUCUGCUGGAAGGUGUGUACAGCUGUUGUGAGGAGAACCGUGUGCGGGAAUGCAUCAGGAGAGUGCAAGAGAACACGUGAGGCAAGACAAGGUUCAUUCUGCUUUUUGUACAGUAAAAUAUCUUUUUUUAUUUAA